UGAAUUCAGUCGGACGCAGCUUCUCCCGGUGAAAUGUUGCUUCUCUGGUUUAUUCUCCACCUAAUUGGCCUCAUCCAAGGGCGUUCUGUGGGCGGUGGGUUUGGAAACUUGGACGACGAGUUUUUCAUGCCUCAGCCAGAUCCCACUAUAUUUGCCUACAAUCAAACUGAUAAGGGAUCAUCACCCUGGGACAAUACCUGGAACUAAAUACUUGUAAAAAAAAAGUGACUUGUAAUUGUAAUAAAUUUAUUUUAUUUAAUAAAUAUGAUGUAGCUGCAGAA